AUGUCCUCCAAGAUCCCUCAGCCACCGGGCAUUCCGCUCCUGGGAAAUGUGUUCGAUGUCAACCCAAAUGAGACGUGGACGUCCCUGAUCAAACUCGCGGAGCAAUAUGGUCCAAUCUUCAAGAUCACGGUGUUAGGUAAACAACUGGUUUUUAUUAGCAAUGUCGCACUGCUGGGGGAGAUCUGUGAUCAGCGGAGGUUUCGCAAAUGCGUAACAGGCCCCAUCGUGGAGAUGCGCCAUUGUGCACACGACUGUCUGUUCACCGCGUACGAUAACGAGGAAAGCUGGGGAAUCGCCCACCGGAUCAUGAUGCCAUACGUCAAUGAGUCGGGAACCGAUAAGUGUUUCGAGGAUAUGGCAAAGGUGAUUCCGGACUUGACACGGAAGUGGACAUCAGCGAUCAAGAAGCGAGUUCUCUUCACCAAUGACCUGGAUCGCCUCCUGAUAGCCUCUUGUAUGCAAUGCUUCUUCAACCAGCGUGUGGAAGUCCUCGAAGGUCCCCAGCCUCCUAUCCUCGAUGCCUUGGAAAACAUUACCAUGGAAGCAAUGAAGCGGCCGACUCGCCCGAAAAUCCUGACUUGGCUUGUGUACCAACGUCGCUUCCAGAACGAUAUCCAGACCAUGCGUGACUAUGCCACCCAAAUUAUCAAUGCACGAACGCAGGAGCCCCAGGCCUCUCGCAGCGAUCUACUGGACGCACUUCUACAUGCAAAGGACCCAGAAACCGGCAAGAAGCUCAGCGACACACAGGUUGUGGAUGAAGUGGUCACCAUGUUCAUCGGCGCUGCCACAUCAGCCAACCUUGUCUCCUACGCCCUAUACUACUUAAUCAAGAAUCCCGACAAGCACGCCAAAGUGAUCGCGGAGAUUGACUCAGUGGUUGGCUCAGAGGGGAAGGUGCAGCUUGAAACCCUCAAACAACUGACGUACUGCGAAGCCAUCAUACGCGAGUCACUUCGUCUUUCCGCCACGGCGCCUGGGUUCAACAUUGAGCCGAUUCCUACAGAGGACAAAAGCCCGAUCCUUCUCGCUGGUGGCCAAUACGAAAUUCCACAUGACCAAAUUAUGGUUACCAUCUUGCACGCGGUCAACCGUGAUCCUGAAGUCUUUGACGACCCUGAAACCUUCAGUCCAGAGCGGGUCCUCGGUGACAAAUGGAACGAUCUCCCUACAGCAGCAAAGAAAAACUUUGGCAAUGGCAAACGCGAGUGUUACGGCAAGAUGUGGGCAUGGCGCUGGUCCAUUUUCACUCUAGCCAGUAUUCUGAAAGAGGUUUCGUUCGAGCUGGAGAACCCAAACUACCAACUGACCUCCAACGGGGCUUUCAGCGUGAAGCCGUUGGAAUUCUAUGGCCUUGUUAGUCCACGGACAAGGUAA